CUCGAAGAAGAAAGGAAGAAAGAAAGCAUGAACGGAAACUGCCGGAUCUCCGCGCAGAUUUCGUGGAUCUGCGUUGGGCACCCUUUGCGGCGCCUCUGGCGCCGCCCCUGGCGCGCUCCGCGCGGAAGGGAUGGGGGUCCAGCCGGAUCCAAGAAACCCGCGCAAACCUCCAAACGUUUUAUGUUUCAGUUUCAGCAGCGUUAUGUUACCCCACCGCCCGCUACGCAGACCCCCGACGCCAUGAUUUUGUUCAUGACGUCGACCCCCAGAGGUCUCGACCCAUUCCCCAGGACCGAUGUUUCAUCCCGAGUCGUUUUUUGACGGCCCUGAGGCCCGGGAAAAGCCCCCAGAGGCCGAACAUAGCGAAAAACAUGCCAUCGUGAUAUUUUCGUCAUGACUCGAAGGGAGUCUGGCUGACGAGCGCCCGGACAUCGGGAAGCUGGCGACCUUCGGCUUCAUCACCUUCACGGGGAUGCGGAGGCUGCUCACGGCGGCCGCACGGAGACUCCGGGGCGGCGGCGCGGGCGAUGUUCCCGCCGCCGCGCCCGCAGGGCUCCUCGCGGAGGCGCUGGGCGGGAAGCGGUUCCUGGACCUCGGGUCGGGGGACGGACGCGCCGUGGUCGCGGCCGCGCUGCUGGUCCCCGGCCUCGAGCGGGCCACGGGCGUCGAGCUCUCCACCUUGCGGCACGAGGUCGCGGAGCGCGGCCGGGCGCAGCUGCCAGAGGCUCUGCAGGCGACGGUGCGGUUCGAACAGGCCGACAUCUUGCAGGUGGACGCCGAGACGCUCGGGGGCGCCCACGUCGUCUACGUCGCGAACCUCCGGUUCCCCGACGCAGCGGUGGACGCCGUGAACGCGGUCCUGGACCGCUGCUGCGCCCGGGAGGUGGACGCGGUCGUGGCCACCCUGCGCGAGUGCCCCUUCUCUCGCCCGCACGAGGCCUGGGUGGAGGAGGUGCCCAUGAGUUGGAACGACCAGGGCUGCCCGGUGUACUGCUACCACCUGCGGGCGUCGCGAGGGGCCGGGGGGGCCGAGCCCGCGGCGCGGUAGCGAGGCGCGCACGGAGCCGAGCACGCCUGGGAGAGAGGCCGGCGCUGCUCGGAAAGGUGCCGGCGUGGUCGGCGAGGCCUCGUGCGCGGCGGGCUGCGAUCCGAAGAGCAGUCGGCUGCGCGUAAGAGUGGCCCUUCGCCGGAGUGGCCUUUGGUGCGG